GCAGAGGUCGUUCGCUCGCCUGCUCAGGCCUUCUGUGGCGGUCGGCGGGCAGGUCGGUCGCGAUAGUCGGGCGCCGUACAGGGGCGUGGCUAUGUCGCGGUGGCAGCCCGGAUGGGCCGGCAGGGCCGGGAGUAACGGGACGUCGCCGCGGAGCUUCUUCCCCCGGAUACAGUGCGGCCCGAGAGGAGGCCGCGGCGCCGCCCUCCGGUCCUGAGGAGCUCGCGCUGUCCGGGGCCCGCACCGCCUUCUCACCCGCACCGACGCCUAUCGACCUGCCCUGUCUGGCCCGGUCCGACCCGGCCCAACCGGAUUGAGCGCAGCGCAAGCAGGCAGCACGAGCCCCCCGAAGCACAGGACCCUCCGCUCCAAAGACAUGAAGCUGUUGGAGAACUCCAGCUUCGAGGCCAUCAACUCGCAGCUGACCGUGGAGACGGGAGAUGCCCACAUCAUUGGCAGGAUCGAGAGCUACUCCUGUAAGAUGGCGGGAGACGACAAGCACAUGUUCAAGCAGUUCUGCCAGGAGGGCCAGCCGCACGUGCUGGAGGCCCUGUCCCCACCCCAGACCUCGGGCCUCAGCCCCAGCAGACUGAGCAAGAGCCAGGGUGGCGAGGAUGAGAGCCCCCUCAGUGACAAAUGCAGCCGCAAGACCCUUUUCUACCUGAUCACCACGCUCAAUGAGUCUUUCCGGCCAGACUACGACUUCAGCGCCGCCCGGAGCCACGAGUUCAGCAGGGAGCCCAGCCUCAGCUGGGUGGUGAACGCGGUCAACUGCAGCCUGUUCUCGGCCGUGCGGGAGGACUUCAGGGCCCUGAAGCCACAGCUGUGGAACGCCGUGGAUGAGGAGAUCUGCUUGGCCGAGUGCGACAUCUACAGCUACAACCCAGACUUGGACUCAGACCCCUUCGGGGAAGACGGCAGCCUCUGGUCCUUCAACUACUUCUUCUACAACAAGCGGCUGAAACGCAUUGUUUUCUUCAGCUGCCGCUCUAUCAGUGGGUCCACCUACACCCCCUCGGAGGCCGGCAAUGAGCUGGACAUGGAGCUCGGGGAGGAGGAGGAGGAGGAGGAGGAGGAGAGCGGCGGUGGAGGCAGCGAGGGCGGCCCCGAGGAGACCAGCACCAUGGAGGACAGGGUCCCCGUGGUCUGUGUGUGAAGAGGAGGAACAGAGGCCCCAGCGUCACUCAGCUUCAGACCGUGCCUGGACCUGCCCACCCGAGGGGCCUCAGGGCCUCCACAGCCGCUGGCCAGGAGAUCCGGGCGCUGCCACAGCACCAGCGCCACCCAAGGCCACGCCUGCCUAGCCCUUUGGCUUAGCCUGUGGAUGUCCACUCACCCCCACAGACUUCAGCUGCCCACGCUGUGGCUGGACUGGACAGCACAGGGCCUGGUGGGAAGAGCCACUGCCCUGCCCAGAUGAACUGACACAGGCAGGACAGCUGGACCACAGAGUUUAUUUUUGUAUUUUGUGCCCCUCAGGCUGAGGCCUGCACACUCCAGCCUCAAGGGCCGGAGACCACCCAGCAGUUGGUUCCUCGGGGUCAGCCGUCCACUUGUAGCCCCACCUCGCCCACUGGGCAGCGUGCACUGAGUGUCACUUUGCUGCAGCUGGUUUGUUUCCAAUAAAACUUCCUGUGACUUAA